CUGGAAGAUCUGGAAUGUGACGUCAUGUUCCAGUUGGAAGGAACAGAUGAUUGCGUGUUGGAUGCCGCGAAAAUUGCUAAAAGCAAAACAGUUCGAAUCGUUUGAAUAUUUUUAGAAACACCUCUCAGAAUUUGACCAAUUGGCUGAUAUUUCUGUCAAGAAGUGCUUCUGGCUGUUUUAAAAUUAAACCCUGUUUUUGAUUUUUCUCUCGCUUCACGCGGAAAUGUGUUACGGUCAAAAGCGAAAGUCAGUGCAGUGAAACAUACCAGAGAUUCUUGUAAGAUUCUGUGAGAUUCUUGCGCAAUUCUCAGAAGGAAUGAAGAACAAGGUGCAAAGCCUGAAGCAAGGAAGCUGUAUUCUGACGGAGAAACCCUUCGUUCACGUGUUGAAGUCGAAAUACAGGAAAGAGAGAUGCGAUCACUGCUUUGCCAGCGAAAAAGUGUUCAGAUGCUCAGGAUGCAACUAUGUGUACUACUGCAACAGGAAUUGCCAAACCGAGGCUUGGGCUCUGCACAAAGUCGAGUGUCCCUUCCUGAAGAAAAUAGCCCCGAGAAUCGUUCCGGACGCUGCGAGAGUCUUGGCGAGGAUUAUUCUGAAGUUACAGCGUGGUGGAGAUUUGGAGAAAGGAUUCUACACUGAGACCUGCUUCAGGAAGUUCAGAGACUUAAUGUCCCAUUACCACGAAAUCCGAACGGAUCCAAAGCGCCAGGAGCAUCUGGAGAGUUUAUCUAUGGUGCUGCAUGAUCUCUUGGGAGAGAAUCUCAUGCCGAAUCACACGGAACUGCAGGGAAUCUACGGAAGAGUAUGUGUGGAUCUGGAGGAACUCUAUCAGAAGAAUAUUACUCUGUUUCUCGUGCCUUUGCAGCUCGUGGUCAAUGGCUUUAACAUUCUGGAUGGAGAAAUGAACUCAAUCGGAACGGGAAUAUAUCUGGGAGUCUCUGUGGUGGAUCACAGCUGCACACCAAAUGCCGUGGCCACAUUCGAGGGCACAACACUCUCAAUCCGGGCCAUUGCUGACAUCCCUUCGCUGGACUGGUCGCAGAUAUUCAUAUCGUACGUGGAUCUCAUGCAAACUCCAGCCGAUCGACGAGCAGAACUCAAGGCAAAUUACUACUUCCUCUGCACAUGCUCGAGAUGCAUUAAUCCCGAGGAGUCGCAGAGAAUGGAAGUGGCUUCGUGUCCAAAUCGUAAUUGUGAGCAUCCUGUGAUCGUUCUGGACGGCAAGGAUCCACUGAAGUGUGAUGAAUGCGACACGAAAGUGACUGAGGAGUUCAGGAGUGAAUUUCACGAAGUCAGAGAUUUCACGAAACUCCAGCUGGCCAGCAUGAGAGAUGUUGCUUCAGAUUUGGAUGUGUGCAGUAUCUGCCUCGCAAGGCAGAAGAAUGUGUUGCAUAGUCUAAACUUGUGGCAUACCAAGACACUUGACUUGGCAUUUGAGAGUGCGAUUGAAAUGGGCAAAUGGCAAGAGGCACGCACGUUUGGCCAGCUGCUGCUUCCCGGCUUCAGAAAGUACAAUGGGGACUUCAAUCCUCUGCUCGGUCUUCUCUACAUGAAACUGGGGAAAAUUGAACUCUUUCUGGAGCACAUAAAAGAGGCACGAGACUAUCUGCUUGAGGCUUCGAAGAUCCUUCGCGUGACCCACGGAGAAAAUCACAGUCUCUACAGAAUUCAACUAAUUCCACUUUUAAUGCAAACAUCAAAUUGAAUAAAUUCGGUUUGCAAUUAAAUUUCACUGAAUUUCAUAUAUUUCUCAACGGUAUUCAAAAGAAAGGCAAUAUGAACUUC